AUGAGCAGCAGUAUUGGAGAAAUGCUAUCUUCAAAGUUGAGUGAAUGGAAUGGUAUCAGAGAUGCUGCAAGACAUGCAGAGACUAAUUUCAUCACCAAAACUGAUAAUAUUCUAAGCUGGGACAGAGAUCUUUCUAGUCACAGCAGAGACCUCAGAGCAACUAGCAGCAGCAGCAGCCAGGCUGAUCCAGACACUUACAAUCUGCUUGACAACAAUUCUCUUGAUGAGGGGGAUGAGGGUAAGAUAGACAAUGAGGAGAAGGAUCUCCUCUCUGAGUGGGAAAGUGUAUUCAUGAAGCACCCAACAGAAGAAGAAUUGGCAAGAAGGGCACAGGAGAAGUGCCAAGAGAAAUUUUUAUGGCUAUACUAUGAAGGAGCAGCCUCUCUAUGGAUGGACAACACCUGGUUGGUGUUGUCUAUGAGACUAAGGUAUACCACCACCAACUAA